GACCUGCAAGGUGUUACCGCCAGAUUAAGAACAAGCCUUACCCAAAAUCACGCUUUUGUUGUGGUGUCCCAUAUCCAAAGAUCAGGAUCUACGAUGUGGGUAUGAAGAGAAAAGGCGUUGAUGAAUUUCCUUUCUGUGUGCACUUGGUAAGUUGGGAGAAGGAGAAUGUUUCAAGUGAGGCACUUGAAGCUGCUCGUAUUGCUUGCAACAAGUACAUUACCAAGUCUGCUGGAAAGGAUGAUUUCCACCUCAGGGGAGUCUGUGCCCGUGUUGCUAUUGGUCAGGUUUUGCUCUCAGUUCGCUGCAAAGAUGGCAAUGCUAACCAUGCUCAAGAGGCUCUUCGACGUGCUAAGUUUAAGUCCCCUGGCCGACAAAAGAUCAUUGUCAGCAGAAAGUGGUAUUACUUUUAUCUUACUAGUCACCUUUAA